AUGAAGUUCUCUCCUGCCUACCUGCUUGGCUUCGCGCCAAUUGUCGCCGCUCACUUUAGACUCCAAUAUCCCACGAGUCGCGGCUUCGAUGAGGACACAAUGGCUAACUUUCCCUGCGGGGGCUUGGGCCAAUCUUCCAACAGGACUCAGGUGUCUCUUUCGUCGGGCUCCUUCCCUGUUGCCUUAAGGAUGGGUCACGAUGAAACUGCUGUUGAGGUCCUCUUGGCUCUUGGAAACGAUCCCGGCACCAAUUUCAACAUCACUCUCCAUCCCACUUUCCGUAUUGAGGGAUUGGGCGAAUUCUGUCUGCCUCAUGUCGUGUUCGACGAGUCUGUGCUGGGCACGAACAUCACCGACGGAAUGAACGCGACUCUGCAGGUGCAGUCCAAUGGUGAUCCCAGCGGAGGUCUCUACGCUUGCGCCGACAUCCAGUUCUCUUCGACCGCGCAGUCUGAAGAACCCUCGUCGUGCACGAACAACACUGGCAUUUCCGCUAUUGCAUUCACCGGCGCGGCUGCUGAGCGCAAUGCCAACGAAUCCACUGCCGACGGUCAAGCACAGAGCGGCAGCUCCGACUCCGGCUCCCACUCGGGCCACUCCUCGGCUACCCAAACUUCGAGUACCACCGCAUCCUCGACUGCUGGCGCCGUCGCUCUGGAGACUGCUGCCUGGGGAAUUCUGGGCGCAGCCGUUGUUGGUGGUCUUGCCGUUCUGUAG